GCUCUUUGUGUGGGGCAGAUCGGCGCUCGCUCGGCACUGGGCGAAACUACAGCAUCAGUCGGCGGUGAAGACGAACCCCUCGGCCCCGCGGUGGACAGCUGUGGCCAAACCCGCGGCCCCGUCCCGUCUCAGCCUCUCUGCCUCCCCCGGACGGACAGACCCGGCUGCUGUGUGACUGACGCUCCGUUGCCAUGACGACCCACGUGACGCUGGAGGAUGCUCUGUCCAACGUCGACCUGCUGGAGGAGCUGCCCCUCCCCGACCAGCAGCCCUGCAUCGAGCCCCCGCCCUCCUCCAUCAUGUACCAGGCCAAUUUCGACACCAACUUCGAGGACAGAAACGCGUUUGUGACGGGGAUCGCUCGCUACAUAGAGCAGGCCACGGUGCACUCCAGCAUGAAUGAGAUGCUGGAGGAGGGUCAUGAGUACGCGGUGAUGCUUUACACCUGGAGGAGCUGUUCCAGAGCCAUUCCACAGGUAAAAUGCAACGAACAACCCAACAGAGUGGAGAUUUAUGAAAAAACAGUGGAGGUUUUAGAGCCUGAGGUGACCAAGCUGAUGAAGUUCAUGUACUUUCAACGGAAAGCGAUCGAGCGUUUCUGCAGCGAGGUCAAACGCCUGUGCCACGCCGAGAGGAGGAAGGACUUUGUUUCGGAGGCGUAUUUACUCACUCUAGGAAAAUUCAUUAAUAUGUUUGCCGUGUUGGACGAGUUAAAGAACAUGAAGUGUAGCGUGAAGAACGACCACUCCGCCUAUAAGAGAGCUGCUCAGUUCCUACGGAAAAUGGCCGACCCUCAGUCCAUCCAAGAGUCUCAGAACCUGUCCAUGUUUUUAGCGAAUCACAACAGGAUCACUCAGUGCCUGCACCAACAGUUGGAGGUGAUCCCCGGGUACGAGGAGCUUCUGGCCGACAUCGUCAACAUCUGCGUCGACUAUUACGAGAACAAAAUGUACCUGACCCCCAGCGAGAAACACAUGCUCCUGAAGGUAAUGGGCUUUGGUCUCUAUUUGAUGGACGGUAAUGUAAGCAACAUCUACAAGCUCGACGCCAAAAAGAGGAUCAACCUGAGCAAGAUUGACAAGUUUUUCAAACUUCAAGUGGUGCCGUUAUUUGGAGAUAUGCAGAUAGAACUGUCACGCUACAUCGAGACCAGCGCUCACUACGAAGAGAACAAGUCCAAGUGGACGUGUACCCAGAGCAGCGUGUCUCCUCAGUAUAACUUGUGUGAGCAGAUGGUUCAGAUCAGGGAGGACCACAUUCGCUUCAUUUCGGAGUUGGCUCGUUACAGUAACAGUGAAGUGGUGACGGGCUCCGGCCUCGACUCCCAGAAAUCCGACGAGGAGUACAGGGAGCUGUUCGACCUGGCGCUGAGGGGGCUGCAGCUGCUGUCCAAGUGGAGCACGCACGUCAUGGAAGUGUACUCGUGGAAGCUCGUCCAUCCCACAGAUAAAUUCUGUAACAAAGACUGUCCCGGGACAGCAGAGGAGUACGAGCGAGCCACGAGGUACAACUACACCAGCGAGGAGAAGUUUGCCCUGGUGGAGGUCAUCGCCAUGAUCAAGGGACUGCAGGUCCUGAUGGGGAGGAUGGAGUCCGUGUUUAACCAGGCCAUCAGAAACACCAUCUACGCCGCUCUGCAGGACUUUGCCCAAGUGACGCUGAGAGAACCACUGAGGCAGGCCGUCCGCAAGAAGAAAAACGUCUUAAUCAGUGUUCUUCAGGCGAUCCGAAAGACCGUGUGCGACUGGGAGGGAGGACGGGAGCCUCCGAACGACCCCUGCCUCAGAGGAGAGAAAGACCCUAAAGGGGGAUUUGACAUUAAAGUCCCUCGCAGAGCUGUGGGCCCCUCCAGCACACAGCUGUACAUGGUGCGCACGAUGCUGGAGUCGUUGAUCGCCGAUAAGAGCGGCUCGAAGAAGACGCUCCGCAGCAGUUUGGACGGACCCAUCGUCGUGGCGAUCGAAGACUUCCACAAACACUCCUUCUUCUACACGCACCUGCUCAACUUCAGCGAGGCCCUGCAGCAGUGCUGUGAUCUGUCUCAGCUCUGGUUCAGAGAGUUCUUCUUGGAGCUGACCAUGGGCCGUAGGAUCCAGUUCCCCAUCGAGAUGUCCAUGCCCUGGAUCCUCACAGACCACAUCCUGGAGACAAAGGAGCCGUCGAUGAUGGAAUAUGUGCUGUACCCACUCGACUUGUAUAAUGACAGUGGAUACUACGCUCUCACCAAAUUCAAGAAACAGUUCCUGUACGAUGAGAUUGAAGCUGAGGUCAACCUGUGUUUUGAUCAGUUCGUGUACAAACUCGCCGAUCAGAUAUUCGCGUACUACAAAGCGAUGGCUGGAAGCGUGCUCUUAGACAAACGCUUCAGAGCAGAGUGUAAAAACUACGGCGUAAUAAUCCCGUAUCCUCCUUCAAACCGGUACGAGACGCUGCUGAAACAGAGACACGUGCAGUUGCUGGGUCGGUCGAUUGAUUUAAACCGACUGAUCACACAAAGAAUCUCUGCGGCGAUGUACAAGUCUCUGGAUCACGCCAUCAGCCGCUUCGAGAGCGAAGACCUCACCUCCAUCGUGGAAUUGGAAUGGCUGUUGGAGAUAAACCGUCUGACUCACCGGCUGCUGUCCAAACACAUGACUCUGGACAGUUUUGACGCCAUGUUUCGUGAAGCUAACCACAACGUGUCGGCUCCUUAUGGAAGAAUCACGCUGCACGUCUUCUGGGAGCUCAACUUUGAUUUCCUCCCAAACUACUGUUACAAUGGGUCCACAAACCGCUUUGUGCGCACAGCCAUUCCUUUCACACAGGAGCCUCAACGGGACAAGCCAGCCAACGUGCAGCCUUAUUACCUUUAUGGUUCAAAGCCUCUGAACAUUGCCUACUCCCACAUAUACAGCUCGUACAGAAACUUCGUGGGUCCGCCUCAUUUUAAGACCAUCUGCCGUCUCCUUGGUUACCAGGGCAUCGCCGUGGUGAUGGAGGAGCUGCUCAAAAUCGUCAAAAGCCUGUUGCAAGGGACCAUUCUGCAGUAUGUAAAAACCCUGAUAGAAGUUAUGCCCAAAAUCUGCCGCUUGCCUCGUCAUGAGUACGGCUCCCCAGGUAUUCUUGAGUUCUUCCAUCACCAGCUCAAAGACAUCAUCGAGUACGCGGAGCUGAAGACGGACGUGUUCCAGAGUCUGAGGGAGGUGGGGAACGCCAUCCUCUUCUGUCUGCUCAUCGAACAGGCUCUGUCCCAGGAGGAGGUGUGUGAUCUUUUACACGCCGCUCCGUUCCAAAACAUUCUGCCACGAGUUUACAUCAAAGAGGGAGAGCGGCUGGAGGUGAGGAUGAAGAGGCUGGAGGCGAAGUACGCUCCUCUUCAUCUCGUGCCUCUGAUUGAGCGACUGGGCACUCCACAGCAAAUCGCGAUCGCCCGAGAGGGAGACCUGCUGACCAAAGAGCGUCUGUGCUGCGGCCUGUCCAUGUUCGAGGUCAUUUUAACCCGGAUCCGCAGUUUCCUCCAGGACGGCGUGUGGCGCGGCCCCCCUCCCACCAACGGAGUGAUGCACGUGGACGAGUGCAUGGAGUUCCACCGUCUGUGGAGCGCGAUGCAGUUUGUGUACUGCAUCCCUGUGGGCACACACGAGUUUACAGCAGAACAGUGCUUUGGGGACGGGCUGAACUGGGCCGGAUGUGCCAUCAUUGUACUUUUGGGACAACAGCGCCGCUUCGACCUCUUUGACUUCUGCUACCAUCUGCUCAAAGUCCAAAGACAAGAUGGAAAAGAUGAAAUUAUCAAGAAUGUUCCCUUGAAGAAGAUGGCCGACCGCAUCAGGAAGUACCAGAUCUUGAACAAUGAAAUCUUUGCCAUUCUGAACAAGUACAUGAAGGCCGUGGAGACCGACAGUUCCACCGUGGAGCAUGUGCGCUGCUUCCAGCCUCCCAUCCACCAGUCGCUCGCCACCACCUGUUGAGAAUAGACCCCGCCCCCAGUCACAUAGACCCCGCCCCCAGUCACACAGACCCUCCCGUCACGUAGACAGACCUUGCCCCCACUCACAUAGACCCCGCCCCCAGUCACACAGGCUCCGCCCCCCGUCACAUAGACCCCGCCCCCAGUCACGCAGGCUCCGCCCCCGUCACAUAGCCAGACCUUGCCCCCACUCACAUAGACCCCGCCCUCAGUCACACAGGCUCCACCCCGUCACACAGACCCUCCCCCAGUUACACAGGCUCCGCCCCCUGUUACACAGACCCUCCCCUAGUCACUCAGACCCUCCCCCGUCUCAUAGACCCCGUCACACAGACAGACCCCGCCCCCAGUCACACAGGCUCCGCCCCCGUCACACAGACCCUCCCCCAGUUACACAGGCUCCACCCCUGUCACACAGACCCUCUCCCAGUCAUGCAGGCUCCGCCCCCGUUACACAGACCCUCCCCUAGUCACUCAGACCCUCCCCCGUCUCAUAGACCCCGCCCCCAGUCACACAGACCUUUCCCAGUUACACAGACCUCGUCCCCGUCACACAGACUCCGCCCCCAGUCACACAGACCUUCCCGUAGUCACUCAGCUCCUCCCCUGUCUCACAGACCCCGCCCCCGCUCACAUAGACCCCGCCCCCAGUCACACAGACCUUUCCCAGUUACACAGACCUCGUCCCCAUCACACAGAUUACGCCCCCAGUCACACAGUCCUUCCCCUAGUCACUCAGCUCCUCCCCUGCCUCACAGACCCCGCCCCCGUCGCACAGACCUUCCCCUAGUCACUCAGCUCCUCCCCUGUCUCACAGACCCCGCCCCCAGUCACACAGACCCCGCCCCUCCCCUCACAGACACACGUCCGUCACUGUGGCCCUGAUUUCUGCCGUGUUGUUUUUGUGGAAUCGGCUCUUUUUAAUGAACUCAAACUCAAAUCGUCUCAAACUCUUCUUUUCUUCAUAAACUUCUUAAAGUUCGUGAAGCCGUUUCCUCAAAGUCAACACGAGCAGAACCUCCUCACACACGUUUUUCUUUACUUUACUCCUGAUUUUUCCAAACUCGUGCAUGCCUUUUUAUUUCCCUUCAUUUGCACAACUGUGGUCUAAACCGUGACAUACGAGAUGAUUCUACAUUUUGGACAUAGUAUUAAAUUAUAGAUAUUGUACUAAAAAGAGCCUACGAAAUGAACAAUGCAUUAACCCAUCAGCUGUUGAGUUGAACAUGGCGUCGCGCAGCUCCAGUCUCACAUUUCAUAUCCUCUUUUAGUGAAAUAAUCCACUCUUCUUCUUUGUGUUUUGCCAUGACUCUUAACUCUCCGUGCUCUGUUCCUCCUCGCUUCCUGUCAAACGAAUGAAAGUUGCGUUUCCUUUUUUACUUUCUCAACCUCCUCUGCCUUUCGUUUCCUCCACGUUUGAACUGGUCCAUUGUAAAUUUCACUGUUGAACUGAAGUGAAGUGUUGAGUGUCGUAAUCGUUCUCGUUUUUAAUUAUUAAUAUUUUUAUUUUAAACAUUUCGUAAAUUUGCAUAAUACUGACCGAAAACCUCAUCCUCGUCACUUUUCUUUUAAGAUAUUUUAUUCUGUAUAUGGAAACGGCACACGCGCAUUCAUCUGGUCCAUUGUGUCUUUUUUUCCAUCGAGAAAAGAAGUGAGAAAUGUAAUUAGCGAAUACCUCUAGGCUGUAUAAAGAUAACUCUGUACUAGAUGCUGUUUGAGUGUGAAUGGAUUCUAUUGGUCAGUGUGGCCUAAAUACUCUGCACAUAAUGGUAAAAAUCUUAAAGUGUCAGUUAUAAUUAAAGGGCAAUUUCCGAAAUAUAGUCAGUAUUUAAUUAUUUUAUUUUUUUUCUUUUAGAUUUAGCAGUGUUAUUAAAAUAUGCAAAUGUGUCCUCGUAAAAAGGAAUGAGAAGUUAACCCUUACAAAACAGCCCUGUGGUCUCUUUUUUGCUCUGUUUUGAAUGACAGUGGUUUAUUUUGUAACUCCAGUGUCUUUUUAACAUAUUUAUUCAAGUCCGUUUACUUUUAUUUGAAGAUGAAUCUAGUAAAAAUGAAGGUACGCAGGUAUCUCCUCUUGAAACUCUUGAAGCAUGGCAAGUGUAAGUUAUUGUCAUCAACGGCUCCAUUUGUGACAUGAGGCUUUGUUUAUGAUAUUGUUGUACAAGUGAAUAUGUUUUCAAGUACAAAAAAAGAUAAAAUAUAAAAUGUACAACAAUGGUCCUGGAAAGGAUACAGAAUUAUGUUGUAUUUCCAUGAAAUAAAAUGGUUUAACUGAA